AAGAAAGAAUCAGAAUACAAGCGGAAAUCAACGGAAACUUAGAUUCGUUCCAAGCCCGGGUUAUGAAUGAUUGGUUGAAUAUACAAGGUUCAGAAAGUUCAGACGUAGUGGCAGGAAAAGAUGAUGAUUCGAGGCUCCGGGAAAGCGAGCGUCGAUUCUGCGCUUCACUUCGUAUUUUGUGUAGUACUGUGACAGUACUGCGGAUCUGUUCCACGGGGGAAGGUGGAGCUCGGAGGGGAUGUAUGUUCUUCUAGGAGACUUGGGUGGUGCAACGGGUGGACUGAUUGCAUUGAGGCGGUGAAAUGUCGUGGGCUGUGUGGUGAGGUGGUGCCUGGCACUCACUGGCGUUGUGUGAUUGCAGUAACGAACCAAAGUGCACUUGACGUUGUACAGCGCUAUGCACUUUCAUUGUGCACUACCAUUCUGUGCAGUACAAGGCGCUUCCCCUGUCCGAUCGGAAAGGGAUGCACGCAACAGGAUAAGUAAGUAUCGCGUCGAACAGUCGAGAGAGUCGCAUCUCCGCCUCUUCCAGCCCCUCCCAGCCCAUCUCGCACCGGCAGACAGGCAGGCAGGAAGACGAUGCUCAGCGUUGUCGAAGAUGGAAACCGUCUCUUCCAUUCCUCUGCACUUCCCAUCCUUCCUUUCCAUUUCAAUACUCUCAUUUUUAUCGUUCGCUCUUCCUCUGCCUUGCUCGUUCUGGCUCGAGUGCCCGAACACUUCAAGCGCACUGCUGCUGUGUUCCUGUUUUCGAACGAUUAGGGAAUGCGUUCAUCUCGUUCGACCGCCCGAAUCUAGAGUCUGUCGCCUGCAUGAUUUUAAGAACGUGUAGGUGUAUGUAUCUUGGGUGCGGUCGACGAGUUCAGGUGAGACGAACCUCCGAAGCAUCUCGUAGUUUUUGUGCAUCAUGGCUCGGAUUCUAGCGACGAGGGUGGGCAAUUCACUCUUGAACCGUGAAUAGUCAUUUCAUCAUUAUGUGCCUGCCGCUGUCAGGGACAUCGAUGGGAUUGCGCAGCACACUGGCAUACUGUAGUAUCCAACAUUUAGCUAUUUAGGGAGAGUCAUCCACAGUCAUUUCGGCCUACGUUCAUUGUUUUCGAGGCCAAAUUCCUUGUACACCUCCGUGCCCUUGGAUUGCUUCGGGUGACGUUGUAGUUUCGAUGGAGACAUGGAGUGCUGCGUUGACAGUCGGUACUUCCCAAACUGCAACAUCGUUCUCUUUGUUUGGCUUGUUCGUGCGGACGAGAGUUCCGCCUCGUCCGUUGCAAAAUGAUCGUGAACGGCUCCGGGCAGGGAUUGCCCUGCGCUGUCUUCUCCACGCACCGUCGGACAUCAGGCCUCGUCAAUUCUGGUCUAGAGUUCGCACUGUGCACGUUCCAGUAGAGAGAACUCGUUGCUGAAUUUCACAAUUUCCGAACCGGGCAAACUUCGAACCAUGCUUUCAAUUUUUAUUUCCUUCUCUUCUAUUUUGUUUCUUCUUCUUCUUCUUCUUGAUAAUGGAUUUUGCACGAGGUUGUAUUUGAGUGCUGCAUUUCUGUCCUAAACCUCAACAGCGUUCAGUCCCAAGGCGCCGUUCACUUGCUUUAACCGAAGAUGCCUGUCACAGGUCCUCAAAAUUUUCACCGAUCUCAGCAGGUCUUCAGGCAGGGCGAUUUCGAGGCUGGUCCUUUCCGCCGGUGAGGAACAACUGACCGACAGGUUGACUGACAGGGAAAGCAGUACGCUUCGAUAGAUCUUAUUCCUGGACUGGCGCUGCACGGAACAGAGACGGGUGGGUGUCCAAGAGAGUAACGUUUGUACGAGGUCGCCCAUCACUGUUCCUUGCACCGUCUGUCCAGGGAUGGAUGGAUGGACGGAUGACGAAAGAGACACACGCGGGGGUCAUAGAGCUGGGGUGCGGCAGCGCAUGUUUAGGACAGGAGCAGAAGGCCUGCUUCUGCCGUUUUCAUGCACUGCCUCUUCCCUGGCUCCUUCACUCCUCGCCCAUUCUGACGAGCAAGUUCACUCAGAUCCCUUGCGCUUGAAAUUUGGCCAAAGUUUCAAAUUCGAUGUGUACUUGUUGAUCCCUCGCUUCGAGGCAGCUCCGUCUACAGGACUGAAAUAAAGAUUGGCUUUCGUUAACUUGUGUGGCAAUCAUCGUCGGCUGGAAGUGUCACAUGGAUGGUCCAGUUCGAAGAUUUCAGGUCAUCCUUAGAGAGUUGGCUUCGUUUCUUCAUUGUGGUUGAAUGUGUCCUGGUGUACGCCGAACCGAACAAUCCUAGUAAUAGAGUAGUGUUCACGUGUUGUACAGUCUCGAUCUUGUGGCCAGCGUUCAUCGCUGGAAGUGGGUUCUGUAAUAAGUUAAGAGUCUUAACUUAGUAAGUUCUCUGAGUCUCUGGACUACUUCUCCUGUUACUGUUCGAGGGGAAGUAAUUUUCAAACCUUGCGAUGAUAAACAAAAGAAGAGGUG